AUGGAGGCACCCGCAGCCCGCCUGCUGCCGCCGCUGCUGCUGCUGCUGCUCGCGGCCUGCUCCCCGGAGCCGGGCCGCGCCUCCUCGGACGCGCCGCCGCUGGUCAACGAGGAUGUGAAGCGCACGGUGGACCUGAGCAGCCACCUGGCCAAGGUGACGGCCGAGGUGGUCCUGGCGCACGCGGGCGGCGGCUCCUCGCCCCGCGCCGCCUCCUUCCUGCUGGCGCUGGAGCCGGAACUGGAGGCCCGGCUCGCGCACCUCGGCGUGCAGGUGAAGGGAGAGGAUGAGGAAGAGAACAAUCUGGAAGUAAGAGAGACCAGAAUUACGGGUAAAAGCGGGAGAUUCUUCACAGUCAAGCUCCCAGUGGCUCUUGAUCCUGGGUCCAAGAUCUCCGUCAUCGUGGAAGCCGUUUAUACCCACGUGCUUCAGCCGUACCCAACCCAGAUCACCCAGUCUGAGAAACAGUUCGUGGUGUUUGAGGGAAACCAUUAUUUCUACUCUCCCUACCCAACCAAGACGCAGACCAUGCGUGUGAAGCUCGCCUCCCGGAACGUGGAGAGCUACACCAAGUUGGGGAACCCCACGCGCUCCGAGGACCUCCUGGAUUAUGGACCCUUCCGCGACAUCCCUGCCUACAGUCAGGACGCAUUCCGAGUGCAUUCUGAGAACAACAGCCCAUUCCUGACCAUCACUAGCAUGGCCCGCGUCAUCGAGGUCUCCCACUGGGGCAACAUCGCCGUGGAGGAGAACGUGGACCUGAAGCACACGGGCGCCGUGCUGAAGGGGCCUUUCUCGCGCUAUGAUUACCAGAGGCAGCCGGACAGUGGGGUCUCCUCCGUCCGCUCUUUCAAGACCAUCCUUCCUGCCGCGGCCCAGGACGUGUACUACCGCGACGAGAUUGGCAACGUGUCCACCAGCCACCUGCUCAUCCUGGAUGACUCCGUGGAGAUGGAGAUCCGGCCUCGCUUCCCGCUCUUUGGCGGGUGGAAGACCCAUUACAUCGUUGGCUACAACCUCCCAAGCUAUGAGUACCUGUAUAACCUGGGAGACCAGUACGCGUUGAAGAUGAGGCUGGUGGACCACGUGUUUGAUGAGCAGGUCAUAGACUCUCUGACCGUGAAGAUCAUCCUGCCGGAAGGGGCGAAGAACAUCCAGGUGGACAGUCCCUACGAGGUCAGCCGCGGCCCUGACGAGCUGCAUCACACCUACCUGGACACGUUUGGCCGCCCCGUCAUCGUGGCCCACAAGAAGAACCUGGUGGAGCAGCACAUCCAGGACAUCGUGGUGCACUACACCUUCAACAAGGUGCUCAUGCUGCAGGAGCCGCUGCUGGUGGUGGCCGCCUUCUACAUCCUCUUCUUCACCGUCAUCGUCUACGUCAGGCUGGACUUCUCCAUCACCAAGGACCCGGCUGCGGAGGCCAGGAUGAAGGUGGCCUGCAUCACGGAGCAGGUCUUGACCCUGGUCAACAGGAGACUAGGCCUCUAUCGUCACUUUGACGAGACGGUCAACAGGUACAAGCAGUCCCGAGACGUGUCCACCCUCAACAGCGGCAAGAAGAGCCUGGAGACGGAGCACAAGGCCUUGACAAGCGAGGUGGCGCUGCUGCAGUCCCGGCUGAAGACGGAGGGCUCCGACCUCUGCGACAAAGUGAGUGAAAUGCAGAAGCUGGACGCGCAGGUCAAGGAGCUGGUCCUGAAGUCGGCGGUGGAGGCCGAGCGGCUGGUGGCUGGCAAACUCAAGAAAGACACGUACAUCGAGAAUGAGAAACUCAUCUCGGGAAAGCGGCAGGAGCUGGUCAGCAAGAUCGACCACAUCCUGGAUGCCCUGUAG